ACGGCGCCUGCCAGUCCGCGGAGGCGGGACUUUAACCCGGCGGAAGGCGGAAGCGGGUGGUCCCUGGUAUCAGCAUGGAGGAGGCGGCAGGGGAGAGAAGCAACCUGGCUGGGGUGCGGCACAUCCUGCUGGUGCUCUCUGGGAAGGGCGGUGUGGGGAAGAGCACAAUCGCCACCGAGCUGGCUCUGUCACUGCGGCACUCCGGGAAGAAGGUGGGGAUCCUGGAUGUGGACCUGUGUGGCCCCAGCAUACCCCGCAUGUUCAGGGCACAGGACAACGACGUGCACCAGUGUGACAGUGGCUGGGUCCCUGUCUUUGUGGACCAAGAUAAAAGCAUCUCGCUCAUGUCCAUCGGCUUCCUGCUGGAGAAGCCAGAUGAUGCCGUGGUGUGGAGAGGACCCAAGAAAAAUGCUUUGAUCAAACAAUUCGUUGCUGAUGUGGCCUGGGGGGACUUGGACUUCCUCAUUGUGGACACGCCGCCGGGCACAUCCGACGAGCACAUCUCCACGGUGGAGGCCCUGCGGCCCUACAAACCACUUGGAGCAAUCCUGGUCACAACACCCCAGGCCGUGUCUGUGGGAGAUGUGAGGAGAGAGCUGACAUUCUGUAAGAAGACGGGCUUACGAGUUCUUGGUAUUGUAGAGAACAUGAGCGGCUUCGUCUGUCCGCACUGCUCGGCUGUGUUCCCCUGGACCCCCAACUCAGCCAGAGCUUGGAAGAAGGCAGAGACUUCAUCCAAGAGUUUCCCAAGAGCUCUGCCUUCCCUGCCUUGGCUCGCAUCACCCAGCAGAUCUUGGAUGGUACAUUGCAGCGGAGCUCCUGAGGAGGGUGUGGAGCUGGACUCUUGCCGACUGAGCCCCUGGCCUGGCAGCACCACCAGCCGCCCAUGCCGGUGGGGAAGGAGGAUGCAGAAGCUGUUUAACUAUAAAACUGUCUCAGUGGGAGGUGAUGGAGGGAGGGGGGAGCACAGCAUCGGUGCCACUGACAGUGAUCCAAAAAGGGAAGUACUGCUCCACCCCCCCGAUCCAAAGAAACCCUGCGCAGGUGUUCCUGCCUGCACAGCGCAGCCUGCUUCUAGCCUUCUCAAUGUGGCAGUGCUCUGCCCAGAUGGUACAGUUAUUCCUAGCCCUACCCAUGCAGCCCUUUCCUCUGCAGCCAGCCAUUGUGUGGGUGCUUGGGGAGCUCUAGCUUGUGUCCAUGGUGUCUUGUACGCUGUGGUGCUUCUGGUGAUCACCUGGUGCAGCUACAGUGGCAAACACCAUCGAUUGUUCUUCCCUCAAUGAAUCCAAACAGCACCGAUCAUCUGGAUCUGUGCGCUGCUGCCUUCUCUUGUGCUUUCCUUGUGUCAUGGAUUGUAUGGCACUUGGUUCAAUGGCUGGUGAGUUUGAGUGGCUGGAUGCUCUGAUGUGGACUCAAGCCAGGCCACCUUGCUCUGAAAUCUCAGAUCACCGGUUCCUGAUGGGCCGAUGAGGGCAUGGCAUGUGCUUCACAUCAGAAAAUGUCUCCAGGAGAUCUACCACCUGUCUGAGGUCUGCAUCCCACUGUGCUGGAAACAAGACCUUUUUGGUCUGCUGGGGGUUAUUGCGACUCAGGAAUAUUUUUAAAGAUUCCAAGCAGUAAACACUUUUCUUAAAAUCCA